ACCUGGAAUUGACAAAUGUUUUGUCUUGAAUAAUUAUCGGGAUGUAAUUUCCUGCUUUCUUUUUGUUGCCAAAAUACGUAAUCUUAAUAAGCACAAGUAAAAAACGCCGAAUGGAAUAGCGAGUAAUAGUAACAGUAGUAAUAGUUGUCAUCCAAAAACAGAAGAUUGGACACAACGGAAAAAGGUUUGUUGAAAUACAGCAUUCAUAAGGAACAAUUUUGAAACGUGUUAACGUUUACAACGAUAAUAAAAGCAUCUUGAAAGAAGGAAAAAAGAAAAAAGAAUUUUGAAAACGAUACAUACUGCAAUACAGACUGUUAUUUUGUUUUUCUUGACUUUUUCAGUGAAGUUAUUGCACAUUAUAGUGAAUAAUUAUUUAUCAUAAAAGUGACAUUAGUAACAAUGGCAGAAAUGGAACAACAAUAUACAGAGCUAAAACUUAUAGUGCCUUGGGGUCAUAUUGCUGCAAAAGCAUAUGGCUCAUCCACAGGAAAAUUUGUUUUAAUGGUGCAUGGUUUAAUGGAUAACUUAGGAACAUUCACUAGAUUAGUGAAAUAUUUACCAAUGGAAUAUUAUUAUGUGUGCAUAGAUUUACCUGGUCAUGGACAUUCGUCAUACUUUCCAUCUUGGAUAGUAAUAGAUAUUAUUAAUUAUGUACAUGUAAUACACUAUGUUUUAGAAGCACUACAAUGGAAAACAUGUAUUUACAUAGGUCAUAGUAUAGGUGCACUAAUUGGUAUAUUUUUUAGUGUUUCUCAACCUCAUAGAAUUGAAAAAUUAAUUGCCCUUGAUGGAAUUAUCCCAGUAACUGCAAAUACAGAAACUAUGUUUAUAAGGGUUUUUAAAGAGUUAUAUACAUUAACAAUAGAAGCCGAAAAUAAUGUAAAAUCAUACUUAUAUACCAAAGAAGAAGUAUUACAUGCUUUAAAAAAUAAGAGAAGUGCAGCCUUAAAUUCAGAUGCUGCAGAAGCUAUAUUUAAACGUGCUGUCACAGAAACUAAUGGGAGAUACAAAUUUGUUAGGGAUAACCGAUUAAAAAGAAAAAGAUUAUCAUCAUUAAGUUUACAGGGAUUGAUUUAUAUUGUACGUAAUCUUUCAGUCCCAUUGUAUCUGUUUAUUGCAUCUCAUGGUUUAGAAAUACAAUUUAAUGAAGUCGCUAAAGUAAUAGAAUCAAUAAAUCCUACAAGUUUAUCUCAGUUAAUUUGUAUAAAGGGAAAUCACGAUUUUCAUAAUAAUCAUCCUGAAAGAAUUGCGCCAUUUAUAUGUGAGAUAUUACAUAAUAAUUCUAGUAAGUUAUAAAGUAAUGAAAAUUAAUAAAGUAAGAAAAUAAAGUAAGUAGUAGUGAAAAUAAGUUUGAAUACAUUGAUUAUUCAUCCAAAUUAACUUAGUAACACACUAAAAAGAUCAUAUAAGAGACCAACAUGAUCUAAUAUUAUAGAUAUAUAAUAUCAACACAAUGUAAUAAUAUAAUUAUGUAUUAUGAUAUUUAUAUAAAAGGAUAAAGGGUUAUUGGUUAAAC